GACCAGAACCUAACAUAUUCAAUGGAGCGACACGGAAGCCUGUUUGUUAGCGUUGCGGAUCAAUACAGUACUACCUAGUAACACUGAUACCGAACUAGCAUUGAAGUCGAUUGUGGCACCUUUAUUUAAAUUCACCUUUUAAAUAUAUCAUUCUUUGGUAGCGUUCUUGUUACGUUUGUUUGUCGUAUUGUAUUUUUAGUUUUCUUGGAUUCGGGUGUACGGACAUUAGAUCUGUAACGGAGUCCCCACGAACUCGAGACAGAGAUUCUAAGCGCUCAAAGUCUGGUGGAAUGUCCUGCCGUUCCCCACAGAGACAGACCCCAGAGCGGGAUGUCACAUCUCCCCUGCCACCCAUUAAUGAGCGCCUAGCAUACUUGCGGCCGUCACGCGAGCUGCUUGAGUUCUACCGGCGGAAGGUGUCGGAGUUCGAUGGGGAGCAUGAGGACAUGAUGAAGGUGCUGGACACUUACAGAUCCACCUAUGAGGAGCAGCACAAACUGCAGUGGGAGAUGCGACAGCGGGAGGGAGAGAUUGCAGAGCUGCAGAAGGCUUUGAGUGACAUGCAGGUUUACCUGUUUCAGGAACGGGAGCAUGCCCUCAGACUCUAUGCUGAGAAUGAUCGCCUCAAAAUCAGGGAACUUGAUGACAGAAAGAAAAUUCAGCAUCUACUGGCAUUGGUUGGCCCUGAUGACGGCGAGAUCACAUACUUUCAUAAGGAGCCACCACAUAAGGUCACAAUUUCUCAAAAGAAAGUACAGCCUAGUGACCAGAGUGGGCGUGAGGUCACCGGGACAACAAAACCAGUGACCAGAAGGACUGUCUCUAAAUCAGCUGGGAGAGCAGAAAGCCCAGCCUCCCCUGAGCGCUACAAGAAGGAUAACCAGACCCUCUUAUUACAGGUGGAGGCGCUGCAGGCCCAGAUGGAAGAGCAGACCAAGCUGGCCAAGGAGCAGGUGGAGUCUUUGUUGGAGGACCGGCGCAUUCGUAUGGAAGAAGCACAGGUGCAGCACCAGCGUGACCAGGACAGGAUCACUACCCUCACAGACAAAUUACAUCGGACCCAGACCCUGCUGUACGAGAGCACCAAGGACUUCCUGCAACUGAAGUUUGAGGGGCGAGCCAAUGAAAAGGGCUGGAUGGCAGAGAAGGACCGCCUCCUGCGAGACCUGGACACGUGCCAGGAGCGGCUGCGGGAGGGCCAGGACAUUGACCAUGAGCCAUCCCACCUAGCCCUCCCCCCUGACCAAGAGAGUCGGCGUGUCUACAGCCAGGAGGUCAAGUCCCUGGAGGAGCAAUUAAAGCAGGCCCAUCACUUGGCAGACAUGUACCGGGAGCAGUGUGUGGGUCUGGAAACUGAGCUCUCUCGGAUACGAGAGGAAGGAGACGUGGGCAGAGAGAUUUUCAAGGAUCGCUCUGGUAAGAUGGCUAAGAGGCUGCAGUUAAUGACCCAGCGCUAUGAGGCUCUAGAGAAGAGGAGAUCUAUGGAGGUGGAGGGCUUCAAAACAGACAUCAAGCAUCUGAGGCAGAGACUGAAAGAUGUGGAGAAGCAGCUCUUCAAGGUGACUCUGAAUGUGGGCCCAGACCAGGACCUGGCGAUUCUUCACGAGGUCCGACAGACCAACACCCGCAGCAGGAAAAUCCAGGGAGAGCUGAAGACACUGAAGGCAAAGAUUUAUGGACUGGAAAAUGAACUUAGAUACUGUUAAGGGAACUUGGCUGGGCUGUCUUUUCAGACUUCCCACACAGUAUACUUUGGAUUCUUCGUUUCUUGUUUUUUCAUUUUUUUCUGAAUUUUUCUGGCUUUAUUUUUACAAUUGACAACCUGGAAAAAAUCAGGUCAAUGAUGUUUGGAAAAAAUCUAUAUCAUUCUCAACAAUGUGAUUGUUUUGGUACAGUACGCUGUUAAAAUGCAAAUAAGUCAACAAACUUAUGCUAAUGAAGACUUUGUCCUAAAAGCUGGUUGACUAAAUUUCACAAAGCUUGUUGCAAGUUAUUCAACAUACUGUGAAAGGAGAUCAAGGUACUCUUCCGUCUGCAUGAUUGCUUAUAUUUUAGAUCUGUCUUGAACUGCUUUAUUAUGAUUGUCAUUAAAACUUUGUAUAAACAUUA